UCCUGUAGCCAACAGCAAAAAAGAUGCGAGCUGUUGAAAUUUCUGCCAUUUUUAUGCCGCCAAAUUAGGGAACGCUGUCAGUUCGAAUGGAAAUCGGUGCCAUGGAGUUGUGAGAGUGAGAAAUACCCAGCCUGGUUUCUCUGUUGGGUUUUUUUCUUUCUUUCUUUUUUUUGCCGCUGCAUUACUACGAGCUCACCCGACGCAGGUUACCGUUCAUUAGAGCUGACGCUGCCAGCGCGGUUUUGCUCCCCGGUCCUACUGCAGUUUUGCACCCCUUUCCUCCGGAGCCCUGGUAUCAGGAAUGAGUAUAGAAAUCCCCGAGGGGUUGACGGAGCUUUUGCAGAGCUUUACGGUGGAGGUGCUGAGGAAUCAACCCCGGGAUCUGUUGGAGUUCGCCCUGCAGUAUUUCACCCAGCUGAAGGAGAGCGAGAGCAGGGGGGCCGCGUUCGGCAAUGAGCAAAACUCGGCCGUGCGAGCUGGGAAAGCCGUCAACUUCAUCGAGGAGGCCAUGCAGAUUGACUCGGAGAACGAAGAGGACGAGGAUGACGAUGAGGAAUUCGUAGCCCCAGUGAUAAACAGAUUCAUAAGGCGAGCUUCUGUGUGUGCAGAGGCAUUUAACCCAGAUGAGGAUGAAGAGGACAAGGAGCCAAGGGUGACUCACCCAAAAACAGAUGAACAAAGGCAGAGAUUACAAGAGGCCUGCAAAGACAUACUUCUUUUCAAAAAUCUUGAUCAGGAGCAAAUGUCACAAGUAUUGGAUGCCAUGUUUGAGAAGACGGUUGCUGCUGGUGAACACAUCAUCGAUCAAGAUGAUGAUGGAGACAACUUUUAUGUCAUUGAGAGAGGGACUUUUGACAUCCUUAUGAAGUCAGAUGGCACCACCAGAACGGUUGGCUCAUAUGAUAACCGUGGGAGUUUUGGGGAGCUUGCCCUGAUGUAUAACACCCCACGUGCAGCCACCAUUGUUGCUACCUCACCUGGAGCCUUGUGGUGCCUAGACCGGUUGACGUUCAGAAGGAUAAUUGUAAAGAACAAUGCAAAGAAGAGGAAAAUGUAUGAAGCUUUCAUCGAGACCCUUCCAUUGCUAACAUCCCUGGAGGUCUCAGAAAGAAUGAAGGUGGUAGACGUCUUGUCGUCUAAAGUGUACAGUGAUGGAGAGCAAAUUAUCGCACAGGGUGACCUAGCAGACUGUUUCUACAUUGUAGAAUCAGGUGAGGUUAGAAUCACCAUGAAGAGGAACCGGUUGAAAACAGAUUCUGAAGAAGACGAAGUGGACAUCGCCACAUGCACCAGGGGGCAAUACUUUGGAGAAUUGGCUCUUGUCACCAACAAGCCAAGGGCAGCUUCUGCAUAUGCUGUGGAGAAUGUCAAGUGCUUAGUAAUGGAUGUCCAGGCAUUUGAGAGGUUAUUGGGACCCUGCAUGGACAUCAUGAAACGCAACAUCGCUAACUAUGAAGAGCAGUUGGUCACCCUCUUCGGGAGUCACACAGAAAUAGAGGAGCCAAGUGCAUGAGAUUAAAAAAAAAGUAAAAAAAUAUACUAAUUGACAUGCAACAUAAUGAAAAGAUGAAAUAAUGGUGAGUACAGGCCUUUUUACAGGCCGUUGUUCAGAUGCCAUAUGAUCAUAACUUUUUGAAGUUUUUGAGUUAUUGUUUUGCGUUCACAGAAGUGAAGCUCUGGUGUGUCAGUGAUAGUGAUUUUUACAAAUGAUAAGCCAAACAUGUAGGAUAUUCUUAACAGGUUACACAAGGUUUAAAAAAAAGUUUGUUUUUUCAUGAAUACGGUGUUUUGUCAUGCUGGGAAUUUACUAAAUUUAUCCAGUUAUUGGGUAAUGUCAGUUUUCUCCACCUUUGUUAUGUAUUUUGUUCACAUGUAUUUGGGUGGAAUGAGUUUUUAUGGUGACUUUUACUUUCUCUUUUGCAGUCUUUGACAGCAAAAAGUUGCAAUCUGCUGUAAUCAUUUUUCACAUAUUUUGAUUUUUUUUCCUCUGAAUUCUGUUAGGUUUUUACAGUGCACUUGUUAAUGUGUGCAACAUAUCUCAUUCAUUAUAGCUCCAGGUUUUUUUUCUUGAACACUUACUUUAAAAGAAAGAGCAAAUCUCACACACACAUUUUAAAGGGCCCUGUGUGUGAGGGCGGGGUAUGAGGGGGAGACAGGAACCAAGUCCUGGUCAUUUGUAUUAAUAAAAGCAUAAAAGCUAGUGGUAUGACAUUAAGAUAUAAACAUGUAAUGGCUUGAUUACAUGAGACAAAAGGGAAACAGAAGUGUGUGUAUGCUGAUAUUGCACUUUGAUGCUAGCCUCAUAAAAAAAUAAUUGCACAGUUUUAUGCUGAAAAUGAUUACAAUGUACACAGUAUUUUAGAAUUUAGUUUAGAGCUCACUCAUAAAAAAUACAAUUCAUGUAAUUUUUUGUAGUAUUUGAAAUAUAGCUUAUUUAUUUUACCUUUUACCUUUAUGCUUUUGUUCAAAUUUGGCAUUUAUUUAUCAAUCUGAGUGUUUCACAGUAGAAUUAGACGUUUGACGUUUGUGAAAUAGCCUCUCUUUUAGCCAUUCUUUUCUACAAACCAAACUAGAGUGUAUGUUUGCUUUUGGUAAAAUGAAUAAGGAAUAUACAUGAUCAAAUGCACAUUAAUGCAUAUCGCUUUAACUACUCAAAUAUGCUCUUUUGCCCUUAAAAACUUUAAAUUUUGCUUCUGAACUGCAAUAUGCUUCACCACAUUUGGUCCUGUUUUCCAUUCAUGUUUAAACUGUCCCUUUUUCUCUAUUUGUAUUACAAUGUUUUUACUCCACUGGCAAGUUAACCAUUUUAGGAUUUUUUUCUUCCAAUAACAUUGAUGAUAUUAUUUAUUUCUUACCGUCUACCUCCACACACAGACAUCACACCGUUACCCCCCGCGGGAGCCUACAGCCCCCCCCCCUCCAAGUAGCUGGCCUCUACUGAGCGCUUUUAUUGUAGGCUGUUUGUGUAGUUUUAUCAUUUUAUAAAAUUUAGCUUGUACAACUGUUAGAGACUUUCAGUUGCACAUACUGUUGACCUGUGUUUUAUAUAUUUAACAUGUUUAUGUGUCUGAAUCACCACCUCAAAAAGUAGCUCUUUGUGUUGCCAGUGCUCUCUACUUCAUCAAAUUCAGAUUUAAGGUCUACAGACUCUCAAUGCCAGAGCAUCCAGUACUAUUGUCAGUGAUAUUUGACUUUCCAUCAAAAUAAAAUACACUUUUGUAUUACA